AGUUUGGUUAGGCCUGAUACAUCAUGUUGCUCCUAAUAGUGGUGAUGCUGAGGUGACAACUUAAUAUUGGUUAUUUUAUUAGUUGGUAAUACCAACACAUUAUCUUCUAUCACUGUACUUUAAAAGAAUAACCUGAUUGUUUUAGAGCUUGAUUGUUUUUCUUUGUGAUUGAUUUUAUUUGUUCUUUUAAGAACAAGAGAUGGGAAGUCUUUAUAUUAUGAUUACUGUGCCAUCUUUGGAACACGAGAAAUCACUUUGGCUUGAAAAAAACCUUGGAGUCCAAAAACAUAAAAAGACCAUUUCUUUUUCAAUUGAGCCCAAUAAAAGUUCUUCUGAUGUGGCUGACAACAAUAAACCUUCACCUACAGUGUUGGAUCGCAGUCUAUCAGAUGACAGUUCGAUGGAGAAGGUUGGAGAUGUACAAUCCACCAAUAAAGAACGUUCGCAAUCAGAUACUCAUAUGCCAAAAAUUAAAAAUGCACUGUCAAUGGAAAAAAGACUGGAGAACUGUUUGAAGGAGCUGAAAAUACCAAAUGCAGUUUGGGUACUUGGCAGCCAAGGCAAAUACCAUCAGGUUUCAUUCUGUACUCAAGCUGGUGAAAAAUGUGAACUGAUUAUGCAACUUUUAACUGAAAAUGAAAUUGGAGUUGAGCUCAACUCUACUGUAAGCAUUCUGCCUUGUUCGCUGUACUAUGAAGGUAAAGAGCACACACUUACUCCCAACAGAGCAAGUAGAUUUCCUACUUCCCAUAAAUAUGCAAAAGAGCUGACAGCUUGGGAACGAUUCAUUCAUUCUGUCAGGGACCGGUUGAUGAUUGCCCAAGUAGUGACUGGAGUCAAGAACAAUGCAGUCUUCACAUUUGAUUUCCUCGUUCUACUUGUCAUUGCCUCAUUUACUGCUGCAGUGGGUCUAGUGGAAAAUUCAGUUGUUAUUCUUGUUGCUAGUAUGCUGAUAUCACCUCUAAUGGGACCUGUAAUGGCAAGCACAUUUGGGUUUGUUACUAAAGAUUGGAAGUUGCAAAAGAUAGGUGUUCUAAAUGAGCUGAUGGGAUUGUUACUUUGUGUUCUCAUUGGCUUCCUGUAUGGGCUCAUCAUCGGUUGUCUCAGCUGGGAAUCACCUGAUGUGGCCAUGUGGCCUACUCCAGAAAUGAUUAGCAGUGGUAACCUGAGAUCACUGUGGGUGGGAGCUCUGACAGCACUCACAUCAGGGGCUGCUGUUGCCAUUGCUGUUCUCGGAGACUACUCUGGUUCUCUUACAGGGGUUGCAAUAUCAGCUUCCCUCAUGCCAUCAGCUGUUAACGCUGGCCUGUUGUGGGCUACAGCAGCAGUGGCUAUUAUGUUUACUGACUCAGAAUGCCAAUUGAGUACACUGAGAAGUGGAGAGCCAGUGAGAGAACUUCUGUUGUUAGGAGCACUUAGUCUCGCUCUAACAUUCAUCAACAUAGCUUGCAUCUUCAUCAUGGGUAUUAUUGUUCUCAAGAUUAAAGAAGUUACUCCACAAGGCUCUAAAGAUUACUCAAAAUUUCUUUGGAAAGAAACAAUCCAGAUGACACAGGAUUUUAAGUACAGUUUCUCUCAGUCUGCUGACAGGAUGGAGCAGGGGUCAGUGUCUAAUCAACAGCCUGAUGUAAUGUCUGAUCACCCCAAUAGAUUUGGUUUGAAUCAGUACACCUGGUCUGCAUAUGGGGCUUUGCAAGAUUUUAAUCGACCAAGUAUUCGUGAUUUAGUGACUGCUUGGAAGGAAGUUGAAGUAAAUGAACCAAAUAUAGCUGAAACCAAUCAAAACACACAUGUUAAAGGAAUACUUCGAGGGUCUCCUCAUCCAAGAGCCUCUAACCUAACUCGUCUGUGGAGUGUUAUGAGUUCUCCUGCGACUGCUUCUUACAUGAGUUUUAGUGACAAUGGGUCCCCAAUGCCCUCAUCAUUACAACAUACUUCUCUGUACCCUCACAAGUUCACUGUCACACCUGCAGAUGUUAACAGCACACCUAAUUGAUCAAAUCACCUGUCUUUCACUACACCGCUUGUUUGUUGUCAUUGUUUCCCUAUUUGUUAAAAUAUUUUAGAGAAUAUUUUGUUAAAUUGUACAUUUUA